CCGUGACGCAGAGGAGACACGCCGUAGCGGCUCUGACGUCACGUCACGUCAUCAUUCCCGGUGUUGUCGGUGUGUGAUCGUCGGUUCGAGUCUUCCCGCUGUGACCGCGGAGCAGCGGGGGAUGGUGUCUCCGUCUGAGGCCGGAUAAUCAGACGCAGAGGCCGGCGGCAGGGACGCACAGCCGGGGCUGCUGGCUGGAUCUCGGCCUCCGUGCAGGGUUCGAUCGGGACGGUUCGGAUACUCGGGUCGUCUUUGAACCGGUUCUGUCCGGCUCUGGCUGCGGGUGCGCUCGGUCCUGGAUGCCCCGGAGGCCCGGAGGAGCACAGACUGCGGAGCCCCGGAGCAGUGCUCGGACAGCGGGGAAGCAGAGACGGUAGGUGUUUGUCUGACUUCUGAUUGGACCCCGGCAAGCUAGCCCCUCCCACCAUGAACCCUCUGAACCAGAUGAAGGCGGGACUGUCCAACAACCCACACAGUGAUGGCUCGUACCCGUACGACCCCUCCAGCUGGCAGCAGCCCACCAAUCAGCCCACAGGAUCCCUCUCCGUGGUUACCACCGUCUGGGGAGUGACCAAUCCCUCAGCCAGCCAGGGUCUGGGUGGAGGCGUGAUGGGGCCCGGAGCCAACCCAGGCGGGGGGCCCAUGAUGCAGGGUCCCGGGGGACCGGGCAUGGCCGGCGGGCCUGGAGGGUACAUGGGUCAGCAGGGCUACGGAGAGCCCAACAAAGGCUACAUGAACCAGGGCAUGUACGGCCGGACGACUGGGGGCUACGCUGGAGGACCAGGGGGGUACACCGGGAGUUACCCGUCAAACCCGGGAGGCUCCAGAGGUUCUGCCGACUUCACUCAGGCUGCCGCCGCCGCUGCCGUCGCUGCUGCUGCCGCCGCCACAGCAACCGCCACCGCCACGGCGACCGUUGCAGCCAUCCAGGAGAAACAAAACCAGGAAAUGAACUACGGACAGAUGGGCGGUCCGGCCUAUAACAACCAGUUCAUGGCCCACUCCGGCCCCCGCGGCCCCCCUGGCAUGGCUCCUGGAGGUAUGGGCUCCGGACCUGGACCUACCAGGGGCCCUCCCUCAAUGGGCCCCAUGUAUGGACCUGGAGGUGGCCCCCAGAGGGUCCCUCAGCACCCAAACUACGGCCCUGGACCACAGCAGGGCCACCUGAGGCCCCCACAGGGCCUGAAACGGCCCUACAGCUCUGAGUCUUUCCCAGGAAUGUCUCAGCAGUACGGCGUCCCGGUUGGUUCCAGUGUGAACGUCAUGUCCGGUCCUGGUGGCGCCGGCGGUUCAAUGCCAGGUUCAGGCGGAGGUGGUCACGCCGGACCCGGCCCGUACUCCGGCCCAAACAUGCAGUACCAUCCAGGUCCAGGUGGUCCAGGCCCCGCCCCACAGCGCUCUGGCUCCUCCCCCUCCUAUCAGGGCCAUAAGAUGCCCCUCCCACAGUACCCCCCCUCUGGACCCCCCAGUUCACAGUACUACAAGCAGGACCAGUUUAACGGGCAGGGUGGAGGUCUGAACAGUCUGACCACAGGGGGCGCCGCCGGUGUCUACAGCUCCUUCAACCAGCCGCCAGGGCCUGGUCGAGGGUUGCCAGGUUACCCGUCCUCUCCGGUUCCUGGUAAUCCGACCCCUCCCAUCACCCCCAGCAGCUCCAUGGCCCCGCCCUACAUGUCGCCCGGCAACAGUGACGUCAAACCGCCGCCCUCUUCCUUCCUGCCUGACAUCAAACCCAACAUGGCAGGCCUGCCACCGCCGCCUCCAACAGGUAACCCUAGCGACGACCUGCGGCUGACCUUCCCAGUGCGUGACGGUGUGGUCCUAGAGCCCUUCAGAUUAGAGCACAACCUGGCUGUCAGCAACCACGUCUUCCAGCUCCGAGACUCCGUGUACAAGACGCUCAUCAUGAGACCGGACCUGGAGCUCCAGUUCAAGUGUUACCACCACGAGGAUCGACAGAUGAACACCAACUGGCCCGCCUCGGUCCAGGUGAGCGUGAACGCGACUCCUCUCACCAUCGAGCGAGGCGACAACAAAACUUCCCAUAAACCUUUGUACCUGAAGCAAGUCUGUCAGCCUGGCAGGAACACCAUCCAGAUCACCGUGACCGCCUGCUGCUGUUCUCACCUGUUCGUCCUCCAGCUGGUCCAUCGUCCCUCGGUGCGCUCGGUGCUGCAGGGUCUGAUGAAGAAGAGGCUGCUGCCUGCAGAGCACUGCGUCACCAAGAUAAAGAGGAACUUCAGCAGCGGUUCGAUUCCCGGGACCCCCGGGUUAAACGGAGAGGACGGCGUGGAGCAGACGGCCAUCAGAGUGUCGUUGAAGUGUCCCAUCACUUUCCGCCGCAUCCAGCUGCCCGCCAGAGGUCACGACUGCAGACACAUACAGUGUUUCGACCUGGAGUCGUACCUGCAGCUCAACUGUGAGAGAGGAACGUGGAGAUGCCCUGUGUGCAAUAAGACAGCUCUGUUGGAGGGUCUCGAGGUCGAUCAGUACAUGCUGGGAAUCCUCAUCUACGUCCAGAAUUCGGAGUACGAGGAGAUCACCAUCGACCCGGUGUGCAGCUGGAAGCCGGUCCCGGUGAAGCCGGACAUCCAUGUGAAGGAGGAGUCGGACGGCCCGGUGUUGAAGCGAUGCCGGACGCUCAGCCCGAGUCACAUGGUCCUCCCCAGCGUCAUGGAGAUGAUCGCAUCACUAGGCCCCGCCCCUUCCUCCUCCUCCUCCUCCUCCCCGAUGCCCUACCCCUCGCUGCCUGCAGGGGGCGGCAACAACAGCAGCAACACACCGGACUACCCCGGGCCAGCUCCGUCCUAUCCCGCCCAGUCAGCUGGUUUCUCGGACUUCAGUGGACCGGGUACUCCAGGCGUUGGGGGGGACUUCUCCUCCCCCGGUCCUCCCCCCCUCUCCUACCAGUCGGAGCUGUCCAGUGCCCUCCUCACCCCUGACAAACCCCCCCCUCACCCACUGGCUGGACAGAUGUCGGUCUCGGGCCGUCUGGACUCCACUUCCCAUGGUGCUCCUCUCUCCCAGCAGCAGCAGUCACAGGGUCUCCACGGCAACUCCCAACUCGGGGGCGGCAACCAGAUGAUGCAGCGUAGCAACCAGAAUCCCCGUCUCCAAGGCGACAGCUCCUUCGGACUCGGCGGGCCUGCAGAGGUUCCAGAACCGUCUCUGGAUUUGCUCCCUGAGUUGACCAACCCAGACGAGUUGCUGUCGUACCUCGGACCUCCGGACCUCCCGAACAACAACAACGACGACCUGCUGUCGCUGUUUGAGAACAACUAAACACACACACACACACACACACACACACACACACACACACAGAACAGAACUUUACUGUAACAUAUGAACUGUGCUCGCUGACAGGACGGAGCGGGAACGUUUGAAGCUUUGAUGUGACGAUGACGUAACUUUGUUUUUUUAUUCUGUGUUCAUGCUUCAUUCCUGUCAACACGACCGGGCCGAGCCCUGUGCUCCUCCAGAACCAGAACCUUUCUGAUCUAGGGCCAACGUUUCCACUCAGCCGCCUGCGACAUGAGACGUUUUUAUCAGGGCAAACAGAACCAAACAGAACCAUCUCAUCCUGAUGGGUUUCAAACCGCCAACAUGCAGCCGAUUACAGAACCAGAACCAGAGAACGACCUCAGACUCACAUCUAGAUCAGAACCACGAGGAGCGAGUCCAGAACACGGCACCCAUCAGCACCACAACACUCCUGUUUGAUCAGCUGAUCUGGUUCUGGUUCUGCAGGUUCACACACGGAUGUUGAGCAGUCGAACACGUGGCGUGUUGUGACUUCCUGUCAUCACCUCUGGUUCUUGUGGCUGAGUGUAAAUGAAAGUUCUGGUUCUGGAUCUGGGUUUUAUCAGGCAGAAAAAAGUCCAAAGGGGCCAAAAGGUUCUGGACUAGUGACAGAACUGUUUUUGUAGCGGUGUGUGGAGCUCCACGACACCGGGCCGGGUCCAUCCUCGUCCUCAUGGUCAUUCUGUAUGUUGUAAAGUCUGAAUAAAGUGAACAUGACGACGACCUUUGUAAUUUAAUAAACACACACUGGAAAGACA